GGCCGCCCUGCCCGCGAGAGGAGCGGAGGCCGCCCGCGCUCGCGCCUCGCCGGCCCCUCCCCCGGUCGUCGCGGCCGCUGCAGACGCUUACUGAGCAUCUGCUGUGUGCUGAAGAUACAGAUAAAAUGUCAUUCCAAGCCUCAGGAGCUCACCCUCAGUUACGGGAGACCCUCGAGGAUGCCGAUAGGUCGCGGUGCGGAGUAACUCUCAGAGGGCCGCAGUAAGAGAAUAGCGAACGGCCAGGUGAAAUCUAGUGGAAAAUGCAAAACAACGAAAUCAUAAAACCUGCCAAAUACUUCUCCGAGUUGGAAAAGAGCAUCUUGCUGGCCUUGGUAGAAAAGUACAAAUAUGUGCUGGAGUGUAAGAAAAGCGAUGCGAGAACCAUCGCCCUCAAGCAACGCACCUGGCAGGCGCUGGCCCACGAGUACAACUCUCAGCCCAGCGUGUCCCUGCGGGAUUUCAAACAGCUGAAGAAGUGCUGGGAGAACAUCAAGGCUCGGACCAAAAAAAUUAUGGCCCACGAGAGGAGGGAGAAGGUGAAGCGCAGCGUGAGCCCGCUGCUGGGCACGCACGUCCUGGGGAAGGAGAAGAUUGCCAGCAUGCUGCCCGAGCAGCUCUACUUCCUGCAGAGCCCUCCCGAGGAGGAGCCCGAGUACCGCCCUGACGCUGCAGCCCAAGAAUCAUUUGCUGUUUCAAAUAGAGAACUGUGCGAUGAUGAGAAAGAGUUCAUACAUUUUCCAGUGUGUGAGGGGACCUCUCAACCUGAACCCUCGUGUUCAGCUGUCAGAAUAACAGCCAAUAAAAACUACAGGAGCAAAACCUCUCAGGAAGGUGCUUUAAAAAAGAUGCAUGAGGAAGAACACCAUCAACAAAUGUCCAUCUUACAACUGCAACUGAUACAAAUGAAUGAGGUGCAUGUGGCCAAAAUCCAGCAGAUAGAGCGAGAGUGUGAGAUGGCAGAGGAGGAACACAGGAUAAAAAUGGAAGUUCUCAAUAAAAAGAAGAUGUAUUGGGAAAGAAAACUACAAACUUUUACCAAGGAAUGGCCUGUUUCCUCAUUUAACCGGCCCUUUCCCAAUUCACCCUGAGACUCUGGGGCUGGCUCCUUGGUUGUUAAUCUGUGUGGGCAAAGUCUGGAACAUGAACUUGUGGUCAGUAACCUGUAACACGCUACAACUAGGAAAUUUAGAGUGGUAGUAGUGACUUAUUUAAGAAUACAUUCAGGUAAACAGCUGCACCCCAUGUAUCCCUUAAGUGGCAAAGAAGCUGUUAGUCUUUGAAAAUUAUCACUAUGAGUGCUAUAAUUCUGAAUGUAAUGUCUCUUAAUUAGAAUUCAUACAAGAACCAUGUGCGAGUGUUGUAUUUUUUUUAAGCAAAUGCAAGUGUGACUAUAAAGAAGUGUGGCUGUUUUUUUUGUUUUUUGUUUUUUUUUUUUU